AUGCCGGAGAAGGUGACGGGGCAAAGCGUUGGUAUUGAUCUGGGCACGACCUACUCGUGUGUUGGUGUGUGGCAGAAUGAUCGCGUGGAGAUCAUUGCCAACGAUCAGGGGAACCGCACGACCCCGUCGUACGUGGCGUUCACCGACACGGAGCGUCUCAUCGGUGAUGCAGCCAAGAACCAGGUGGCUAUGAACGCGCACAACACGGUGUUUGAUGUCAAGCGGUUGAUCGGACGUAAGUUCACCGAUCCAGAGGUGCAAUCGGACAUUAAGCACUGGCCGUUUAACGUAAUUCGUGGUGCCGAAAGCAAACCGCAAGUGGUGGUGCAGUUCAAGGGGGAGAAGAAAACAUUCCAACCAGAAGAGAUCUCGUCCAUGGUGCUGAUCAAGAUGCGCGAGGUCGCGGAGGCUUUCAUCGGGAAACAAGUGAAGAAUGCAGUGGUGACGGUCCCGGCCUACUUCAACGACUCGCAGCGUCAGGCGACUAAAGAUGCUGGGGCUAUUGCUGGUCUGAACGUGCUGCGUAUCAUUAAUGAGCCGACGGCUGCUGCGAUCGCCUAUGGGCUCGACAAGAAAGGAGGCGAGCACAACGUGCUGAUCUUCGAUCUCGGAGGCGGUACGUUCGACGUCUCACUGCUAACUAUUGAAGACGGGAUCUUCGAGGUCAAGGCGACGGCGGGUGACACCCACUUGGGCGGUGAGGACUUCGACAACCGUCUGGUCGAGUUCUUCGUGACCGAGUUCAAGCGUAAGCACCGCAAGGAUAUGACGUCGAACCAGCGAGCUCUGCGUCGUCUUCGUACGGCGUGCGAACGCGCCAAGCGGACGUUGUCCACUUCGGCGCAGGCGUACAUCGAGAUCGACUCGCUGUUUGACGGCGUGGACUUCAACUCGACCAUCACGCGCGCGCGGUUUGAAGACUUGUGCAGCGAAUAUUUCCGCAAGACCAUGGAUCCUGUUGCGCAGGUUCUGCGGGAUUCCAAGUUGUCCAAGAACCAGGUAAACGAGAUCGUAUUGGUCGGAGGCUCGACGCGCAUCCCGAAGGUGCAGCAGUUGCUGAAGGAUUUCUUCAAUGGCAAGGAGCUGUUCAAGUCCAUCAACCCGGACGAAGCCGUCGCGUACGGCGCCACCGUGCAAGCUGCGAUUCUGAGUGGCAACGAGUCGUCUUCUAAGCUGCAGGACCUGUUGCUACUGGACGUCGCGCCGUUGUCGCUGGGCCUGGAGACAGCCGGUGGCGUCAUGACUAAGCUCAUUCCACGCAACACAACGGUGCCGUCGAAGAAGACGCAGUCGUUCUCGACGUACGCCGACAACCAGUCCGGCGUGUUGAUUCAGGUGUUCGAGGGCGAGCGGACUAUGACGCGUGACAACCAUCAUCUGGGCAAGUUCAACCUGGACGGCAUCCCGCCCAUGCCGCGUGGCGUUCCGCAAAUUGAUGUCACGUUCGACGUUGAUGUUAACGGUAUUUUGAACGUCUCGGCCGUGGAGAAGUCCACCGGUAAGGAGAACAAGAUCACGAUCACGAACGAUAAAGGUCGACUGUCGCAAUCCGACAUCGACCGCAUGGUCGCCGACGCUGAGAAAUACAAGGAUCAAGAUGAACGCAACAAACUGCGUGUCGAGUCGAAGAACGCGUUGGAGAACUACGCGUUUUCGCUUCGAAACUCGACGCGCGAGGAGAAGAUAGCGGCGAAACUGAGUGAAGAAGACAAGAAGAGUAUCGAGGACAAAGUUGCGGAAACGCUGCAUUGGCUGGAUGCCAACCAGGCAGCGGAGAAGGAGGAGUUUGACGCCAAGCAGCAGGAGCUGGAGGGCGUGGCCAAUCCUAUUCUGCAGAAGAUCUAUGCGUCGGAGGCGGGUGCUGGAAUGGGAGGAAUGGGCGGAGCUGGUCCACGACCUGGUGGACCGAGUGGUGCUGGGAGUGCCGACGGGGAGGAAGGUCCCAAGAUCGAAGAGGUGGACUAA